AUGAGAAAGGCCAGAGAGGCAGAUGGUGCCAGAAAAUUCAUCAGAAGUGAGUGGCAAACGAAGAACCAGGUUCAAAGCUACUUUUCGAGGCUUUCUGCUACGAAACGAAGAAGAGUCGCAAAAGAUCAAGAGCAGGAUGCAAACGACGAAGAAAGCGCUUACCUAGAACACAGAGUAAGGAUAAAGGAGGUAGCGGAUGUUAUUUCCGAAAUCGAACUUACUCAUCCAAUAUUAUUUGAUGGACACAAUAUUUGCGAUCAUGUUAACCACGACACGUUAAGGAAGCUGAAAGUCACCACGCUGAGGGAAAUAUGUGCUUUUUUUGAAAUUGCUUUCAAAGCCAGAGAUUUAAAGGCCACCUUACUCAAGAAACUAAAUGACAUGGUGACAGAAUGCUCAUGUUUCCAGGAAAUUUAG